CAAAUAACUUGGAACUCUGCAGAAACACGUCACUUGGCUCAUAGCCCGAGUCACCUGAAAGCCAAACCGAGAUGUGGAGGGUGUACCUGCAUCUCCCCGUCCAUGGUCGCCACGGACCUUCGGCACCGUGGCGGACUGCGUCAUCGAGCAAGUACACCUAGAUCAUUUACAUAUCCCCGUAUGGCCUACCUGUCCGAUUGGUUGAUUGAAGCCACUCCUUAUUCUAGUUAGCUACUUUGCCACAAUAUAACCCGCAAGAAUCGUGCAAACUUCUUCUACGUCCCCGCUGUACUUAAUUCUCGGGGUACCUUACCGCAUAGUGGUCGUCAUACCUUUGCACUCAACCAUACAGGUCAUCCUCCGCGCACGACACAAUGGCCGAGGAUCGCCGCCCGUUCGACGGGUAUCAAGGUUUUAUUGAGCCCCGACAAUUGACUUUGGACUCUCGAGAUGUGGGUGAUGCUGCAGCACAUUCCCGAGAACCGUUCCUGCGGCACGACCCAGAGCACGAAGCGUCACUCGACCAGGAUCCUCUCGCUCGACCGUAUGCAGGAUUAGAUAGGACAGGGUAUUCGUCUCCAGGCAGGUUACCAGAUUCUCUGGACUUCAACGCUCGUGGCGCUGGCAAGAGCCCCUUUCUGUGGUCUGGUGAUUAUGGCCCAAGCGCGUUAGACGGGUACCCGGAGUUUCCUCCACUGCAACUUGACGACUGGCACAGUCGACCAGACGAGAGGUCAGGAUUAGCAUAUGAUGCCCCACCUCUUCCUUCACUUGGCUUUCCUGGUCCGUUCCCUGGAGUAGGCGAGAUGCUCGGCCACCAUCCGUCUAUGCAUCCUGGUCCUACACUUCCUCCCUUGCACUCAUUUGCACCCCUGUCUCCUUUUCCGUACGAUAUGGACGCCAUUCACCCCCAAUUCCGUCCUUUGCACCAUGGCCCACCAGAAUUGGACGGAGGAGAGACUCUUCCUCUUUUGCCAGUUGUGGGUAAUCAUAUGCAUGAAUACGAGGAGCAUCAACCCCUCCACGAUCCACAGUUGAUCGCAGGAACAAGUACAAAGAAGACGCGGGUGGAUAAGCGUAACACAAAGCCACUAACAGUAGAAGACCUACUUCACGACAAUAGUAGAUUCGCGAAAGUAGUGAAGGCCUUCCUGUCCAUUGAAGACGCAGAGAACAGAACCGUGCCCGAGAUCGCAAAGCGGGUCAGCGAAAUGUACACCGGACAGUAUGCAGAUUUCGAGGGUGUUAAGCGUAUGGUCAAUGACGUUCUGCAGAAGCAUAAGGCUUUCUGGCAUCCGGGACGAGGUUCACCGUAUCAGUUGAAUCUAAACGAAGGUCGAGCAAGGCGGGAGUUCCCUUCGAAUAGUAGACGCCUGGUUAGGAAUCGGUAUGAUGAGAAU